AUGACCGAGCGAGAGUACGAGUGGAAACACAUAAACGCGCGAGAUUUUCCGAGUCUUGAAGAUGGGUUCCGCGUGCUGCGGGAGAUUCGAUAUUUGAUUUGGAAAAUCGGCGACGUCGAGAUUCUGCGGGCGGCGGCGAACGUCCGAGAGAGCCAUCCCGGGACGGGCGCGCCUCUGGGGGACGGUUUGAGAAAUCUGGACAUGUUCGAUCACUCAAACUUUGUGAUUGCAUAUUUCCAUGUUCCCGUUGAGAUCUAUCGAUUCUAUCACGAAGAAAUGCCAUCGUUGGUGCCAGAUUUGGAAGAUCGGAAAAAAUGCAAAGUCUUAGCGACGCAAGGCGGAUUGUAUCGGAAAAACAUGAGCGAAUGGUGGUGCGUUGUCGAUUAUCUUCUCGCGAUAGGUUACGAGUGGCCCGUGGAAACGAUGGCGAAACUUGUUCAUUGGCACAGAAAGUUUGACGACACCGAGAAGAAGGCGCUCGAAGAUUACAAAGCGGCCGGGUGCCCGUAUCAUCCCCGCGUAGUUCGCGAGGCGGCAAAGCAAGGAAGUCUGGAUGCUCUCAAGUGGCUGCGUGAGAAAAAUGCGCCUUUCGACAAGUACGCGGUGAGCUGGGCGGCGAAUUCCGGGCAAGUGGAGACGCUUAAGUAUCUUGUGCAAGAAAUCAAGGUCAAACCGGAUCCGAUGAUGUGCGCGCGAGCGGCCGAGGCGGGCGAGUUGACCGCUUUGCAGACAUUGCACGAAGCCGGCGUUCCGUGGGAUAAGCGAUGUAUAAUCGCCGCGGCGAAGGAGAAAAAAUCCAAGAAGAAGCGCAAGCGCGAGGAAUGGAGUUCGUGGAAUAAGCUCGGUCGCAUUCGAUGUCUGCAAUUCGCGCUCGCCUACGGCUGUCCGGGCGCCGAAGACGCGCUCGCCCUCUCCGACCAAAUCUCGGAGAACACCCGCAUCUACCUUCGCCAAGUCGUCCGAUGCCCCGGCAUCAACCACUGGUUCUUCCGAAUCAGCCGCAUCCUCGGCAAAACGGUGCAAACCAAGAUGCCCGCCGCGGAGCGAACCGUCCUCGAAGUCUGCACCAACGAGCUCCGACUUCGACAACUGAAUUUCGAGAGCGACGCCUUCGCCGGCAUCGUUUAG